AUGGCUGGUCAAGGGCAUCAGUUUCCUGGAAAUUUCCAGGGUAAUGCUGGAGCUAUGAGGACAGGCUUCGGCGGAGGACCCAUGGGCAAUCAAAUGCAGGCUAUGCCCAAUCAAUUAACUGGUGUGAUGGGUGGGCCGAUGGGUAAUGCAGGCAUGGUAGGGAUGGGUAAUCAGAUGGUGCCACCCUAUGGAGCAGCAAUGCCAGGUCAAAUGGGAAAUAUGAGCAUGGGGAAUCAAGGUAUGGGAGUGGGUGUAGGCUCCGGGCCGACAGGUCUUGGACCUCAAGCGGUACAACAAGCAGGUAGAGGUAUGCAAGUAGCUGCCGUACAAGCUGCAGCCCCUCCCCCCGCGCCGGUAAAUCAUCCCCCACAGAACAAAGAGUUCAAUACAGCUUCCUUAUGCAAAUUCGGUCAAGAAACUGUUCAAGAUAUAGUAAGCAGAACACAAGAUGUGUUCCAAACCCUGAAGGCAAUACAACCACCAAAUGGAACACAACACGGAGAAAAUGCUAGUAAUGACAAGAAAGCAAAGAUGCAGGAACAAUUGAGAACCAUAAGGCUUCUGUUUAAACGGCUGAGACUCAUAUAUGAAAAGUGUAAUGAGACAUGUCAGGGUAUGGAGUACACACACAUGGAGAGUUUAAUACCACUGAAAGAUGAAGCAGAGAAUAAGGCUUUGGAUGAGAGACGGAACACUGAGACUUAUAGACAAGUGUUGGAAGAAAACAAGGAACUUACUGAGCAGGUGGUAUUAAAAAAUAAGCAGCUGAGGGAAGUGAUAACGAAUCUUAGGACAAUAAUAUGGGAGAUAAAUGUCAUGUUGACGAUGAGAAAGUCAUAG